AUGAAGGAAGAAGAAGCCCUACAAAAGCAAAAAGAUAGGGAGUUCAGCAAGAGGGCUAAGUCUGCUGGUAAUUUCAGUUAUGGGGGAUCUCAAGGUGAUGGCAACCGUCAGUUUUUUAAGAAUAGGUCAUCAAGACCUACUCCCUCAACAGCUAGUGCUCCAUUUCAAAGGUCCAAGUUUAACCAGAAAGACCGGAACUCCGGAACGGCAAGCUCACAUUCACAGGCCAGCGUGACCAACCGUGGUUUUCAACACCCUACAUGCAACACUUGUGGUAAGAAACAUUCAGGAGUAUGCCGUUUGGGCAUGGAUGGUUGUUUUGGGUGUGGUCAGCCGGGUCAUUUUCUGCGGGAUUGUCCGUCCGCAAGACGGAAUACCGGAGGUAACAAUAAUGUAGCUCAGUCCAUAAAUUCAGCAACUCCCCGAACUUUCCAAGCCCAGCAGGGGCGCGGAGCAGCAAAGCCCGGUAAUACGAGUGGUGGUCAGAAUCGUCUGUAUGCACUGUCAGGUCGCCAGGAUACAGAGGCUCGUAGAGAUCAUAAGACAACGGCUUUCGAAGAGGGGGGAGAUGAUGGUACCUUGAGGUACCGAGGUAGAUUGUGUGUUCCAGAUGUAGAUGGGCUCAGGGAGCGAAUCAUGUCAGAAGCUCACAAUUCCAGGUAUUCCAUCCACCCAGGUUCCACUAAGAUGUACCAUGAUCUUAAAGAGAUUUAUUGGUGGAAUGAUAUGAAGAAGAAUGUAGCAGAUUUUGUAGCUAAGUGCCCGAAUUGUCAGCAAGUGAAAGCCGAACACCAGAGGCCUGAUGGCCAGGCAGAGCGUACUAUUCAGACUCUAGAGGACAUGUUAAGAGCAUGCGUUUUGGAUUUCAAGAGUAAUUGGGAUGAUCACUUGCCUCUUAUCGAGUUUUCCUAUAAUAAUAGUUAUCAUGCCAGCAUUGGGAUGGCACCAUUUGAAGCUCUGUAUGGGCGAAGGUGUAGAUCACCAAUUGGUUGGUUCGAACUAGGUGAAGCAGAGUUGUUAGGACCAGAUUUGGUUCAUCAGGCCAUGGAGAAAGUCAAGUUGAUACAGGAGCGUUUGAAAACGGCUCAGAGUCGCCAGAAGUCUUAUACAGAUGUGAGACGAAGGGAUUUGGAAUUUUCAGUCGAUGAUUGGGUGUUCCUUAAAGUCUCACCCAUGAAGGGUGUCAUGAGAUUUGGCAAGAAGGGGAAGCUCAGUCCCAGAUAUAUUGGACCUUACAGAAUUCUACGAAAGUGUGUAGGAGACCCAUCGUUGGUUAUUCCUGCUAAUACUAUAACAGUUAAGGAUGGCCUCACCUAUGAGGAGAUCCCUAUAGCCAUUCUUGAUCGCCAGGUUCGUAAAUUGAGAACUAAGGAAGUAGCCUCAGUGAAAGUCCUGUGGAGGAGUCAGAAAGUUGAGGAAGCUACAUGGGAAGCCGAGGAGGAUAUGAAAUCCAGAUACCCGCACUUGUUUCAGCCCGCAGAA